AUGGCCACGCUCAAGUUUGCGCCCUGGAUGAGCGACGUCGACGUCCAGUUCUACGCCGCCCUGGCCCACAUCAAGAUCAACCAUGACAAGCUCGACGACUCGGCCCGCAAGGUGCUCGGCCUGUACGAGGUCCGCCCGGGCGAGCACUCCUCGCGCUCCAUGCGCAUCCAGAUACACCCAAAUGCACUGACGUCGGAUGACACGCCCCCGACGUUUUGCCGUGCCGAGGGCAUCAUCAAGAAUUGCAAUACCAUAGAGGAUUACAAGAGCCUUGACCGCGCCGCCAUCCUCGACCGCUGCGCCCAGACGAUCUGGGACGCCAUUCAUGACGGCUCUAUUUACGAGUGUCCCUCGCUCCUCUCCUCCUUUACCGCCAUCAUCUUCGCCAAUCUCAAAAAGUACAAGUUCACCUACCACUUUGGCUUCCCUGCCAUUCAGUCAGAUCCACCGUGGAAGCAAGUAGGCGACGUCACGAGGCUACGCGCGCGAGAGACGACGUAUCUAGUCGACGCGGUACAGACAUGGCGAUAUAGUUCCGACGUGCGCCAAAGAGGCUUCUUCCUCGCCAAGCGCAUCCGCGGAGGCGGCGACGGCGAAGACAGGCCAAAGACGCCAGUCACACCCUUGGAGGAGUUUGGCUACACAUGGGGGGUUGGCAGGCUCGAUGCUUAUGAAAAGGGCUUCUUCGACAAGGUGGACAGCCAGGACCGCUUCAUAUGUUUCGCAGACCCCUCGACGUACGAGACAAACCCAGGAUGGCCGCUUCGUAAUCUCCUCAUCCUCAUACGGCACCGAUGGAACCUGCAUGAUGCACAGAUUCUAUGCUAUCGAGAUACACAUACCCGGCGUGAUCAGUCCAACUCGUUGAUCCUGCAACUGCGCUCUGAACCCGACUCUACUGCGCCUACAUCACCCAUGCUAGAGCGGCCGACUUCCAGCCCGCACACCCCUCCGCUACCCAAAGUCACAGGUUGGGAGCGGACAGAAACAGGAAAGCUGACUUCCCGCAACGUCGACCUGUCCGAGUACAUGGAUGAGACAAAGUUGGCAGACCAGGCCGUCGACCUCAAUCUCAAGCUCAUCAAGUGGCGCAUCGCGCCGACAAUCGACUUGGAAGUCAUCAAGAACUGCAAGUGCUUGUUGCUCGGAGCGGGCACACUUGGCACAUAUGUCUCCCGCACACUGAUGGGAUGGGGCGUCAGGAAAAUUUCUUUCAUCGACAAUGCAACCGUCAGCUUCUCAAAUCCAGUUCGGCAACCACUCUUCAACUUCAAAGACUGUCUACAGGGCGGGGCAAAGAAGGCCGAGAGGGCUGCCGAGGCUCUGCAAGAGAUCUACCCAGGCGUAGAAGCGCAAGGGCAUGUCAUGGAGGUCCCCAUGCUCGGCCACCCGAUUACAGACACCGAAAAGACGAAUAAUGAAUUCGGAAAACUACAGGCGCUCAUUGCUGAACAUGAUGCCAUAUUCCUACUCAUGGACACACGAGAAAGCAGAUGGCUGCCGACCGUCAUGGGCAAGGCACAAGGCAAGAUUGUGCUCAAUGCGGCGCUGGGCUUCGACACCUAUGUUGUCAUGCGGCACGGCCUGAAGGCGGAAAAAGAGGACCAAGUAGAGCUAGGAUGUUACUUUUGCAACGACGUCGUCGCCCCAGCAGAUGUGAGUGAUGGCGUAUCAAUUCAAACGACACGUAGCUAA